UAGUUGCAUGAAGGGCAGGAAGGGGAGGAAAUAUCAAUCUUUAUGUCUGAGAAUCCCUGCUACUUCAGAGGCAGAACAAAGACUAGGUGGCCGCGAUGUCUGACGUACCUUAUGAGAAUAAUUGGGACAACACUGCCCUCUGGACCAAAGAUUCUCCACCGCACUUCGUCUCACCGAUGUCCAGGUUCAAACGCUGGUUAUUUCCUGGUCUGACUGCUGUGAUCCUGUUGAUUCUGAUCAUAGUGCUUGGAGUUACCAACACGAAGACAUCAAAAUAUCUGUGGUCUGUGGAUCAGAGAGUUUCCAACAUGAGUGACAUCAUCCAGUCAUUUAACACCUCACUGCAUCAAGCUCAAGAAACAGCUAAACAAGUUCAGCAGCUACAGUUUACUGUUGAGAACAACAAGGACCGGCUUACCUCAGUGUCGGAGGCCAUGAAGCAGCUGGCACUCAUCGACACACUCACCAAGAAUAUUGCAGCCAUCAAAUGUUCCCUUGAACACAUCAUCAACAACAGUUCAACUACAGGUGGUUGUUGUCCUGUGGGUUGGACUGUGUUUGAGUCCACCUGUUACUUCUUCAGCAGUGAUUCUCAGUCCUGGACUGGGUCCAGAGACUGGUGUGAAACACAACAAGCCCACCUGGUCAUUCUGCGUAACGACAAGGAGUGGGACUUUGUGACCCGUAAUACAAUCCCUCAAUUGUACUGGAUUGGUUUGUCUGACUCCAGAACUGGGAGGUGGGAGUGGGUGAACCAGACACCAUACAGGAUUGAGCGCAGGCGAUGGGGACCUGGGCAGCCUGACAGCUGGACUGGGCACGGUCUUGGAGGGGAUGAAGACUGUGCUCACCUUCACAGUGAUGGACGCCUGAAUGACCACCACUGCUCCGCCAGGUUCCGCUUCAUCUGUCAGAAACACAGCCUGAACAUUUGAACACAUUCGUUUGCCUGGCUCCGCCCACAAACUGCUCUCCAACUACUGUUGAUUACAAAGAAAAUUUCAUAGUGGGGCGCUGUUGAGCUUGGCCAGAAUGAAUGGGACUCUAAGGAGUCCAUGAUUUACAGGUUGUGUUUUUGUUGUAGUAAAAUACCUUUCUGUGAGUAUUAGGGACAUCACACCACCAGGUCCAGUUUAUCCCAGAUCACGAAGCCUAACACUUUGUGCUCUUUAGCUUCACCUACCACCAUUCAAACUGAACAGGCUUACUGUGUGCAUGUUUUAGAUAGUACACAAGAGUCACUGUGAUGUCACACAUUGAUUAUAGACUCACUAUGUUGGGUUUUCGGUGCCAGAAACAAUAAACAGACUGGGUGAAGUGUUAAGUUAUCAGUUGUCUGCAUCUCACACAACUGAAACAUAAAAAUUGUACUACAGUUGUACAAACAAUGCUACAAUGUAAACCUAAAUAAAAAGUAUCCUUCCAUCCA